CACUGCUGCCAGCCCAGUGAGCCACUUUCAAAGGCCUUUUUCCCCUUCUUCAGCUUUCCCUCCACCAGCUUCUCUCAAUUCCAACAUUGUUAUCAUGCAGCAUGGCAGGAUGAUGGAGUCCACAGAGACAUACUCACAGCACGUUCAGUCUGUUGGCAGCAGCAGCAGCACCAGCACAAUACCCAUCUGUAGAUCCUCAGAGGAAGAGAAAAAAAUUACAGUCAUUAAAGCUCCACAUUAUGCAGGGAUUGGCCCGGUAGAUGAAUCUGGAAUCCCUACAGCAAUUAGAACGACAGUUGACAGGCCGAAGGAUUGGUACAAGACAAUGUUCAAGCAAAUCCAUAUGGUUCAUAAGCCUGAUGACGACACAGACAUGUAUAACACUGCCUAUGCAUACAGUGCUGGUAGCUACAGUCCAUCCUUCUCUGCUCAGGCGCACCCAGCUGCGAAGACACAGACGUACAGACCACUAUCUAAAAGUGCUUCUGACAGCAGCUCCGAUGCCUUUAAGGUUUCAUCCCCUCUGCCACCUCCUCAUGUGCCGCCUCCGGUUCCACCCCAUCGUCUGCGGGAAAGGUCUGCGUCAGAAAAAAAUGCCUGGGACCCACCUGACAGAAAGGUAGAUACUCGCAAAUUCCGCUCUGAACCAAGAAGUAUUUUCGAAUAUGAGCCAGGAAAGUCAUCGAUCCUUGAACAUGAAAGACCGACUUACUUGUAUCAUCACUCUUCAACAGACAGAGGCCUGGACAGGCCCUCCAGUUCUGCGAGCACCGCGAGCGACUACAGAAAAAGGAGGAAGUCGGAACCCGCCGUAAGUCAUCAGAGGGCGCAGAGCGACCAGAGCGCGGGCCGGCCCGGCGCGGGCCGCGUCGACGCGCAGGGCUCCUACGGCGCCCUCAGGAAGCCUCUGACCAGCUCCUCGCCUGCCUCUCCGGCGCGAGCUAAAGGUGGGGAUAUUAGCAAAGUAUAUCCAUCCCUUUACAGUUAUUCAGUGCACAACCACAACACCUCAAAUGAAUUAGAUUACUGUAGCACUUACGGACAACAUUUAGCUGUUCCAAACGAUUCAAGAAGGGCAGUCAGCUACAAGAAUGGCUGGCAAAUGACUCGUCAAAAUGCAGAAGUCUGGAGCAGCACAGAAGAAACUGCUUCUCCCAAGAGAAAAUCUCGCAGCUGUGAUGAUCUGUUAACAGAUGACCACGACGGCUUUCCUGACGCACAGGCCAAGUCUGAGAGCAUGGGCUCUCUUUUGUGUGAGGAGGACUCCAAAGACACUUGCUCAAUGAACUGGGCCUCCCCGUAUGUUCCUGAGGGCCGUGGUACGGGUAGGUCAAGGGUUCGGCACAGAUCGGCACAUGAUGCUCCGGGUUUCCUAAAAAUGUAUAAGAAGAUGCACCGCAUCAAUCGCAAGGACUUGAUGAAUUCGGAGGUGAUUUGUUCUGUGAAGUCGAGGAUAUUACAGUAUGAAAAAGAACAGCACAAAGGUAUCCUUCAGGGCUGGAGGGAGUCUUCUACUGAGGAGGUGCCUAGAGAUAUGGUGCCAACCAGGAUUUCUGAAUUUGAAAAACUAAUUCAGAAGUCAAAAUCAAUGCCGAAUCUAGGUGAUGAAAUGUUAUCAGCUAUUACACUAGAGCCUCCUACGAAUGGCUUGUGUCCACAGCGGCGAUUUUCUAUAGAGUCCCUGCUAGAGGAAGAAAGCGAAGGGAGACAUCCCUCUCAGGUACAACGAAACCGCAAGUCUAAAACUCUGGUGCCAAUUCACAUUGAAGUGACCAGCGAUGAGCCACAGCGGCCACAUAUGGACUUCUCAGACAGUGACCAAGAUGGAGUGGUUUCUGACCUCAGCGACUUCAUCCAGAUUGAGGGCUCAUCCUUCUGCAGUGAAAGUGACUUUGACCACUUCUCCUUCACCUCAUCUGAAAGCUUCUAUGGAUCAGGCCAUCACCACCACCAUCACCACCACCACCACCACCGGCAUCUCAUCAGCUCCUGCAAAGGGCGCUGCCCAGCCUCCUACACCCGCUUCACCACCAUGCUGAAACAUGAAAGGGCUAAACAGGAAACCACUGAAGAUCCUAGGAGACAGGAAGCAGAAUCUGGCCUCUCUAAGAUAGCAUUCCUAGUCAGCCCAGUGCCUUUCCGGAGGAAAAAAAGUGCAGCUCCUAAAAAAAAACCCGAAAAGACGAAAUGUAAAUCAUCUGUAUUUGAAGCACUAGAUUCUGCGCUUAAAGACAUCUGCGACCAAAUUAAAGCUGAAAAAAGAAGGGGAAGUUUGCCUGACAACAGUAUAUUACACAGACUGAUUAGUGAGCUGCUUCCAGACAUUCCUGAAAGGAAUUCGUCUCUCAAAGCUCUGAAGAAGAGCCCCAUGCACCAGCCUUUCCAUGCUCUGCCUCAAGAUGGUGCUAUUCAUUGCCCACUGUACCAGAAUGAUUGUGGAAGAUUCCCCCUUAGUGCCUCUUUUCAAGACCUGGACGCCACUAACAACAACAACCAGGACAAUGAUAGUGCACUGUGUUUCCAAGUAGACCAGGAAUCUCCUGGAAGCCAUUCUGCUGCUUUUGCUGAUGUGGGACGGUGUCUCCCAAGGGAGAGAAGAGGAACUACAGACAGAACAGAGAAACUGCCAGCUAGAGCUGUAUAUGACUUUAAAGCUCAGACUUCUAAAGAGCUGUCCUUUAAGAAAGGAGAUACUGUCUAUAUCCUCAGGAAAAUUGAUCAAAACUGGUAUGAGGGUGAGCACCGUGGAAGAGUUGGAAUAUUCCCCAUUUCUUAUGUUGAGAAGCUUUCUCCCCCAGAAAAAGCACAACCUGCCAGGCCACCUCCCCCCACACAGAUUGGAGAGAUUGGAGAAGCUAUUGCCAAAUACAAUUUCAGUGCAGACACAAAUGUGGAGUUAUCGCUCAGAAAGGGAGACAGAGUAAUUCUUCUUAAGCGAGUUGAUCAAAACUGGUAUGAAGGCAGAAUACCAGGAACCAACAGACAAGGCAUCUUCCCUGUUUCCUAUGUAGAAGUCAUCAAAAAGAAUGCAUCAAAAAGCACUGACGACUACCCUGAUCCUCCAAUACCCCAAAGCUAUUCUAGUGACAGAAUACAUCAUUUAAGUUCAACUAAGGCUGAUUUAAAGAGAGAGAUAUUUGUUAUGGGUAAACCUCCUCGUAGCCCUCUGAUGACUAAGAGAUCCUACAGCUCCCCUGUCAGAGGUCACAGCUAUUCCCACAGGCCACAGCGCCCUGUGUUUGCUCAUGAAAACAUACACACUGGGGGGGAACCGAAUGAAGAUGAAUUGGAGCUCAGAGAGGGAGAUGUCAUUGAUGUGAUGGAAAAAUGUGAUGAUGGCUGGUUUGUGGGAACCUCAAGAAGAACCAAAUUCUUUGGUACUUUCCCUGGAAACUAUGUCAAGAGGCUGUGAAUUUUUUCCCCUACUUAUUUAUGCUGCAUCUCUACAACACAUCUGCAUAAAGCUGCUAGAAAACAUGCUACACAGGCCUGCUGUUUUCUUGCUUGCAGUCUCAAAUAGAAGCCACCCAGCUCAUCCCCAUCCCAUCCCAUCCGCCAAAGCUCCCAGCAGUAUUACAGCAACGACUGCAGCGCGAAUAGCUAAACUUUGCUGAAACAAGAGGAAGCAUUUCAACAUU